AUGUCUAAUCCUUUACCCUCAUCCUCUUCAACGAACCCUCCUCCAUCGAACCCUUCAACGGACACUUCAAACAUUGCAACACCUGCCCCUAAUACUGAAAAGGGACAUCAACUCUAUGUCUGUGGCCAUUGUGGUAGACGAUACUCAAGACCAGAACAUCUCCAGCGUCAUGUCCAAACUCACACUCUGGGCCGUCGCUUUGCUUGUGGGAUCUGUGGAAAGACGUUCGCUCGUGCUGAUUUGAAGAAACGUCAUGAGGCAAACCACGAGAACGAUGACUCCAAAAAGCGACGACGCACUACCACUGCUCUCAACUCUGGACGAGUCACCCAUGCUUGUAAAGCUUGUGCCGCUGCGAGGGUCAAGUGUCAAGAGGAGAAGCCUUGUCAGCGAUGCACUCGUCGUGGGUUGACUUGCGUUUCUUCAGAAGCAGGUACUGCAGCAGCCAUGAACCUGGUUCAUUUAUCUGCAAGCGCGCGAUCUCAAAACGAUGACGAGUAUGAAGCCGGUCCUAGCAGUGGCCCUGUUCCGACAUCCUUUCCUAUCGAUCAAUCCUCUUUGUAUGGACAAUCCAUCCAAUUGCAAUCUCAACCCCAAUCUAGAUCGGGCACUCCUAAUACAGGCGACCUCACCAGAUCCGAAGCUAGCUCUUCCCAACAACCCGACGCAGACCAACUCCCCUUUUGCGACUUUCUACGAGAUGUCUUGUAUGAGCAGCAGUAUGAUCAGCCAGCCAGAAUGCCAGACAACCAAGGUCUCGACGUUCUGGAUUUCUGCAACGACACCAACAUGGAGCUCUCAGACAUGGACUUUGGCUUAUUGGAUCACUGGAACGCAGGCGGGACCAGCAUGCACAACAUGACCGCAAUACCAGCACAGCCGGAUACACCCAGAUCAGACAACUCUGCUGACGUGGCACAUGCGCAUAUACGACAGAAUCUCGUCACUGCUUGGGAUGUGUCCCCUUGGCGAUGGGACCCGGUGGCAAAGGAUAAUGCAUUCGGCGAACAAGGAAAUCUUCCAGUGUCGACAAAGGAUGUGGCGUCUUUUCAAGCUGAGGCUUCUAAAGGAGGCCUCAGACGAGUCGUUGACCAAAAGCUGGACUUUGCUGCUCGCGAUGGUGUCCUGGCACUUGUUCUCGGAGCUUGCCAACCUGAAGCCAUGUCAAGUCGUAUUUCAGGGUCCUUUCCUUCGGCAGAUCUCCUGGAUACUAUGUUGCAUGUAUUCCUCAACUCCCAUACCAACCAAGUAUCCGAAUACAUCCAUUUCCCCACUUUCAAGCUCAACGAGCAGGAGCCUGAGUGGAUUGCUGGAGCCGCAGCAGCUGGUGCUGUGCUAACUCCUAUACCAACACUACGAAAGUUUGGUUAUGCUCUUCAAGAAGCUAUUCGAAUCGUCAUGCCCAAACGAUUCGAAGAAAACAACGAAUCGAUCCUGAACAUAGGCCUGAUACAAGCUAUUGUUAUCGGCCAAGACACUGGUGUCUGGAGUGGAAAUCGGCGCAAGAUGGAGAUUGCAGAAUGCCAUGUCAACAUUCCCACCACGAUGAUGCGCUACCGUGGAAAGUUCCAACGCUCUACAUACCCAAUGCUUUCAGUAACCGCCGAUGACGAGGGUGCCAAUCUUGAACAGAAAUGGAGGACUUGGGUUGACAUGGAGAAAUGGAAACGUUUCGUCUUUCACCUCUUCCUACGCGAUAGUCAGCAGUCAAUGACAGCCUUGACCAACCCCGUCAUGUCAUAUGCUGAACUUACACUUCCCCUGCCUGCAUCCAAAGAGCUCUGGUACGCCAAAACAGCCAGGGAGUGGAAGCAAGCAUACUUGAGACGAGAAGAUGGGCAUGUUAAGCGAGCCCCUUCAGUUGGCGAUUUAUUCCGUGAUCUGAACCUUCUUGCAGAAAACCGACACAGACUAGAUGUGCAGCUUUCGGCAGCAAUCUAUCUCCAAGCCUAUUGGCUUCUGAUAUUGGAGUAUAGAAACCUGUGCUCAUCAUACAGGAUACGAUCCUACACCCAGGACCCGUAUGGAAACACCAAUUCGUUACUAGACGCACGCCGGCACCAGCUUUUACAAGAUUUGCAGACUUUCAAGGUUACAACCAUGAACUGGCCUGAAAUCACAGCACAGGAGCGGCUCCUGCUCAAUCAACUUAUGAUGGCAUUGCAUGUAUCUACAGACGAUCUCCAGCUCUUCGCGGGCAAGGAGGGUGACGAACAAGCACAUCGAGCAUUUCACGUACUCCAGCAAUGGGUCGAAAGUGUUGAUUCUCGAGCAGCUAUAUGGCACGCCGGUCAAGUCCUCCGGUUCGCCAAGCUCUUCCCAUCAGCACAGUUGAAAAACUUUUACGCCGUUGGAGUACACCAUGCGGCGCUUGCCAUCUGGACGUAUGGCGUAAUUAAGAAGGCGGGAGACGGACCAGAAUCCCCGAGUAUACAGAGGUACAUCAACAUGGGGCAGGGACUUCCUGUUUUUCGAGGGCCAAACAGUCGCAACGGGGUAUCUGAGGCGACAAUGGAGAACCCCAAAGCAGGCAUGGAGGCCAUACACGAGAUUCUCCAGGCUAACUUUGGAGGCGCAAACAGGAUGGCGCCUGCAAUCUAUGAUUGUUCUAAGCAUCUAAUGACAGAAGUUCUCAAGGCCCGAUACACACAAUCAGGCGUGGCUGAACAAGCGUUAACCAAUCCUCUCGCCCACGUUUUCCAACUUCCAACUUUGUUCUCAAUGGCGUCUCAAGAUACUUCAACCGCUCUCGUGGCGACAACGACUGUCGUCUCGACGCUUGUGUUCCUUUUCCUCGCUCGCGCGCUCCUCUAUCCCGUUCAGCCAAAGACGAUUCGCAACCCACUCAGAUUGGGCGUCUAUGACAAGACUAAUGCUGACAAGGUCAAGAAUCUCGUGUAUCAGCCUGAUCAAUUUCCAGGUGCUCGAGAUGUUGAAACUCCGUAUGGAAGCAUUCGCGUCUACGAGUUUGGCCCUGAGGAUGGCGAAAAGGUCCUUUUUGUCCAUGGUAUCAGCACGCCCUGCAUCACACUUGCUCCUAUUACCCUCGCCCUUUCUAAGCGAGGCUACCGAGUGAUGCUCUUCGAUCUAUUCGGUCGUGGCUUCUCUGAUGGUGUCGCUGAUAUUCCUCACGAUGCCCGUCUCUACGUCUCUCAGAUGCUUCUCGUUCUAGCUUCCAGCCCUCUCGCUUGGACGGGCACGAAUGCUUUCCGACUUGUCGGUUACUCUCUCGGCGGCGGUAUUGCCAUCCACUUUGCGAAUGCUUUCCCAAACCUCGUCCGUGAUCUUGUCCUUCUCGCCCCAGCUGGACUUAUCCGCGCCGCCUCCUUCGGCCGUGUCUCCCGUUUCCUCUUCGUCUCUGGUCUCGUCCCUGAGCGUAUCUUGGCUGUAGCAACACGUCGUCGUCUUCAGAAACCCAUCGCUGCCUCGGCAAGGCCGUCUUCUACGGCGCCCAUCGAAUCUGUCACGACGCCACCGCUCAACGUCGUCGAGGCGGAAGUGAACCCAGUAUCCGGCAAAGCCGUUACGCCGUUGGAGAUGCGCGUCAUGGAGUAUGUGCGUUGGAUGGUUACUAAUCACCAGGGUUUUGUACCGGCCUUCAUGUCGAGUAUUAGGUUUGCGCCUCUCAUGGAACAGCAUGAUGCUUGGGCCAAGCUGGCCCGUCGCGCUCCUGGCACUACAGCCAUCCUUCUGGCCAGGUCUGACGAAAUCAUCAACCCAGAUGAUUAUCGUCGGGAUGCACUGUCUCUCGUUGGCGGCGAACAGCAUGUGCGCUGGCGUGUUCUGCCAGGUAGCCAUGAUUUCGUCAUGACCAACCCCCAAGACAUUCUUAGAGAGAUUCAAGACAUGUGGGAAACAAAGGCAUAA